UUUUAUCAAACUCCGAAAAGAUUUUAAACGCCUUAUUCACCCCCUCUAAGGCGUGGGCACAACGACUAAACCGACUAACCGAAGUUACAUCUGUAUGGACCUUAUAAUUUGCGCAUCUUCUAAUAUUGCAAAGAGGAAACUUAAGUCCUGCACCUUCAUUUUUUCAUCAUCCACUCGGAGCCCCUAGCAUGGUAGUGACUGGGGACAGGUCGGAGAUCGUGUUCUUCGACUUGGAGACAAUUGUACCUACCCGACCCGGACAGGGCCACGCUAUAGUGGAGUUCGGGUCCAUACUAGUUUGCCCCAGGAAGCUCGUUGAGCUGGAGAGUUACUCUACUCUGGUCCGACCCGCUGAUCCUUCUCUCACGUCCAAACUCUCAGUUCGCAGCAAUGGAAUCUGCAAAGGCGACAUCGAUUCUGCGCCUACCUUCGCCGAGAUUGCUGACAAGGUCUACGACAUUCUCGAUGGGAGAAUAUGGGCAGGCCACAACAUAAUCAGGUUUGACUGUCCACGGAUUUGUGAGGCUUUUGCCAGAAUAACUAGGCCUGCUCCAGAACCUAAGGGAACAAUAGACUCACUUUCCCUGUUGACUCAAAGGUUUGGAAGAAGAGCCGGGGACAUGAAGAUGGCAUCCCUUGCUACUUAUUUUGGUCUUGGACGACAAACACAUAGGAGUUUAGAUGAUGUUCGAAUGAAUCUUGAAGUGCUCAAGUACUGCUCGACCGUAUUAUUUUUGGAAUCCAGCCUCCCUGACAUUUUCACAGAGAAUAGUUGGAUUUCUCCAAAUGUUGCCACAAGAAGCCGUAGUAAAUCUUCCCCCUCAACAGACCUGAAAGAAAAUUCGAUACAUUCUGUGAAAAAUAGGGCAGAUGAAAAUUAUGAUGCUCUACCAUGCAGAGAUGAAAGGGGAAAGGUAGAGGCUCAUGAAGUUAUUGAAUCCAGUUCUGCCAUUCCAGACCCUUUAAACAUGGGCCAACUUCUUGAUGAAAUUGAAAGAGAAUCUCUCCAUUCUGAAGGUGGCAUGGAUAAUCAUGAUGAUGAAUAUUGCCCUUCUGAUGAGUGUUCCACAGCAAAAAAUAGUGGCCUGCCUGGGAGUCGCUCCAAGUUCUUAGAACUAAAUGAAAUUUCCAUACCUCAUCUCUCUUCAAUGCUCGUCCCGUUUUAUCGUGGAACGCAAAAGAUAAAAGUCUUCCACGAAAAAGAUGAGCUGCAAAUUUGUUGCAAAAAACAGAAGGUUCGUUUUGGGAUUAGUACAAAAUUUCUCGAUUAUGCUGGUCGGCCACAGUUGAAUUUUGUGGUGAAUGCAACACGCGACCUAUGCUUGAUCCUCGAUGAAAUCAAUAAUCUUGCCCGGAGGCUAUCUGUUGAUUCAGGUAGUAGCUCUGAAUGGAGGCCAAUAGUUUCCAGAAAGCCAGGCUAUGAAAAAUUCCCUACUGUUCGGUUUCAGUUAUCCGCCAUAGUAAAUGGAGAUAUUAUCUGCUGGGCAACAGAGAUAUAUCGCGAGGAAACUUGUGCUGCACAGAAGGUGGCAUGUAGUAGAUUCGACAAUGCAGAGCUGGAUGCCUUGGUGACUCCGGGAUCUUUUGUGGAUGUCUACUUCUCACUGGAUUCAUAUGACUAUCUGCAAAACGCUGGUAUCCGCUUAGUCGCAAAGAAGUUGGUUCUGCAUCAAAAGGAUGGCUGAUUAGCUAAGGUGACUAGAAUGUCGGCUUUGGAGUUUGGACAAUGUUUCAUCCUCUUAGUUAUCUAAUGGAAUAGUUAGGUUGUGACUUGUACCAAGUA